AUACUUAUUUAUUAUCUACUAAAAAUAAUACACGCAUUAUGAGGCGAUUGUAGGUCGUAGGUACUAAUAUAAGUAUAUCAGAUUUUAUUAUAAGUAUGAAAGGAGUUGUGUGCUUGGUUUUUCAUGAUAACACAAGAAACAUGGGUGAAGUGCGAGCGUAUCUACACUUUUUGGUGAUUUGUCUAUACAUCGCGGAGCACGCUGUCACACCCUUUGUAUCAGUCCCUUGGUGUGAUGGCAGUUUUCCCGGAUAUGGCUACUACGAUUACGGUUACUUCGGCGAUCAGCCGUAUGCAACUAUCGAGUACGACACGCCGCGCCCUCCACUAGAUGUCACUAGCACGACCAAACCACGCGUGAUACUGCUGGAAAUCUGGAGCUGGUGUCAGUACCGGCAACGCCUGCUCCACCUGCUACCACUGCUACAACUGCAGUUCCAAAACAACGCCCGCAUCAUCAACGGCACCAUCAGCCGAAUCACCAGCCACAUCACCAACCGCAUGAUCACCUCCACCAGCCUCACCCGCAGUUAG